AUGGCCCGACGAAACAGCACACUCACCAUCCCCCUGAAUCUCACAAUCCUCAACAUCCUCCUCCCCUUCCUCCUCCUGCUUCUUCUACACCCCACGCACGCCCACCCGCAAGCCUCCCCCGGCGACGGCAGCCUCCAGCCGAACCUGGCCGCCCCCACGCCGAGCACCGCCCAGCUGUCGCCGCCGCUGCUGCUCCAGCGAGACGACACCGACACCGAAGGCGGGAGUAGCAGUGGCGGCGGGGGGGGCAACUCGGGCGACGGCGACCCCCCUCCGUACCGCCCCAUCGUCACCCCACCGCCCGACCAGGCCGAGCGCCUCGCCAGCAUGGGCUACCGCCAGGAGACCUUCUACACGUGCAACACCAUCGGCGGCAAGGAGCACUGCGGCUGGCACAACCCCAUCGUCGCGGCCGCCGACGCCGCGCCCGCGAGGCGUGGCGGGCGCGCUGCCGGCACGGGGGCCGUCGUGGCGGCCGUGGGGUGCCUGGCUGGCGUGUUUGCGCUGGGCAUGAUGUAG